AUGCAGGGGCGAGUAGGAGAUGGACCGGGAGGAGCCGGCGCGAUCUUCGUUGGGGGGUUGCUUACCGUACCGGCGCCGACCUCUCGUCGCUCUUUCCGUUACGACGGCCCUCGACCCCCUCCUUCGGGGCAGACGCAGACGCAGCCGGAGAGCGGCAGUGAGGAGGAGGAUGAGGAGGAGGAUGGUGAGGGCGAGAAGGAGGAGGACACUGAGGGGAGCGGGGAUGACAGCGAGGCGGCGUGGAACCCAGAGACGCAUGGCGGUGGGGAGGGGGGAGAUGAUGAUGAUGAAGACCACGAGAUGGAUGUGUUGGAGCCAAAGGGGCGGGAGGAGAAAAGGUGGGAGAGGAUGGUGGAAGGGCGGCGACAGAGGCGGGAUCACAGCAUGUGCGUGAAGGGGGAGGGAGCGUGGGGGUUAAGGAUUUCGCGGAAGCAAUCCACAACAACCCCCGGCGAGCGGCACUUUGCGAGCUUCCACACUGCGCACAUGCAUGUGUGGCGUCACCGUUACCACACCCCAUCCGUUCACUUGCCAGGGGAGACGUUUCCCCGUGGGGGCUACAAGGGAGUGCCGGAUGGCUACGUAUAUCAGUGGCCACAUGCCAAGACUUGGCCGCAGCUCGCCAAGGAGAAAGGGAUGGCGAUUGGUGGAGGUCAUGGUUCAGGCGGGAUGGAGCGGUGGAUGACAACCAAACUGACCUCGGUGCAGCUACGGCAGGCGAUCACAAAGCUGGUGGUCACCUGCAACCUCCCCUUCCGCAUCGUCGAGGCCGAGGCUUUUCGUGAGCUACUCAUCCUGCUAAACCGCAACUGCGCGCAGAAGAACUUCAUCCCCUCGCGCUGGACGGUUUCCCGCGACACAGUGGUCUAUGCGGCUGCCGCUCUUCAGUCAGCCAUUGCGGAGAUGCUGACGAAGGAGGGGGAGCUGGGGUGCAGGGUGUCGUUCACCAUCGACAUGUGGACGUCGCCCAACAACAGGGCGUGGCUAGUGGUAACGGGUCACUGGAUCGACGAGAAUUACCAGCUGCGCACAAUGGUGUUUGAAUUCCGCGAGAUUCACGGGCGUCACACGGGCAAGCAGAUGGCGAGGGUGGUUGAGGAGACGGUGGUGCAGUGGGGGUUGGAGACGCGUUGUCUUGGGUUCACCUCAGACAACGCCUCCAGCAACACUGCCGCUUUCAGUACGGGCGGGUGGGCCUAUGCGGCUUGA